UUCUUUUUUUUCUUGUGAAUGGAGGAGUGAGAAUGACGGGAGCGCGCGCGCGCGCGCGCGGAGCUAGGCUGAGACUUUCUCCUCAGUCGUAGUGGAGCAGCAGAACUCCUCUUUUGAUUCUUUUUCUUUUCGUGCGAAGAAAAGCUGUUGUCGUCCGCGAUGUCGCCGUGUUCGAGCUUCCUGUUCCUGGUCCUGUUCCUGUUCCUGCUUCCUUUGGCGCGCUGCCUUCCGUCGCCGUCCCGGCCGCCCUCGCGAUACUGCCGCCGAUGCUGCGACCACUUGGAUCCUCAGACCUCAGGCUCCGCUCCCUACUACCGCCCCGCCGAGGUCCGCACCGUGGUCAACAUGACCAUCCUCCGAGGCGAUAAGGGCGACAGAGGGGACAAAGGCACGCCCGGCAAGCCGGGCGCGGAAGGCCCCUCAGGCCCGCCGGGACCGGCGGGCCCCCAGGGCUCGAAGGGCCAAGCGGGUGUCCCGGGGGACGCCUGCAAGAACCCGCGUGCCGCCUUCUCGGUGGGCCGCCGCAAGUCCCUGCACAGCGUGGACUACCACCAGCCGCUGGUGUUCGACACGGUCUUCGUCAACCUGCACGAGCACUUCAACAUGUUCGAGGGCAAGUUCUACUGCUACGUGCCCGGCGUCUACUUGGUCAACCUCAACGUCCACACGUGGAACUUCAAGGAGACCUACUUGCACCUCAUGCACAACCGGGAGCAGCGGGUUAUCCUCUACGCGCAGCCCAGCGAGCGUUCCAUCAUGCAGAGCCAGAGCGUCAUGAUGGACCUGGAGCUGGGCGACGAGGUCUGGGUGCGCCAAUACGAGCGCCAGCGUGACAACGCCGUCUACGGGGACGACGUGGACGUUUACAUCACCUUCAACGGUUACCUGGUGGCCCCCGCCGUGCACUGACCUCCGAUCCGACCCCUCGGGAAAAGACCGGACUCGCCCGAACCCGAUCAACCUACAAAGGUUGCGCAGCAUCUACAGUGUGUGCUUUGCACUUCCAAAUAAACCACUUGUGUGAAAAAAAUAGGACUUUA